AUGUCCGGUAAGCGACAACGACCCGCCAAUUCGUCUAGACGCCCAAAGGGUGCUGAGGACGAUGCUCCUCCCCCAAAGCGCGACAAAACCAGCAGAAGCAGCCGUUCCAACAGAUCAACUAAUGUCAACAAUUCAGGCGAAGCAGAACCUCGACGAUCGGUGCGCGCCACCAAGGGCCAGCACACCAAAUCCUUCGACGAACUUGAACCUGCGACCGUCCCCAAACGACGACAGACAAAAAAGACCAAGAAGGCUAAGGAGCAAGAGCAGGAGCAGGAGCAGCAGCAGGGGCAGGAAGAAGAUGAGGAGGACGAGCUCAUCCGCUGCGUCUGCGGCGCGACCGAGCAGGAUGAGGAUUCUGGCGAGGCUUGGAUCGCCUGCGAAACCUGCGGCGCGUGGCAGCACAACGUUUGUGUCGGAGUGAGCUCGUUUGACGACGAGAUCCCCGAGCAUUACUGGUGCGAACAAUGCCGACCCGAAGAUCACAAGGAGCUCCUCGACGGUAUGGCCAAGGGAGAAAAGCCUUGGGAGGCCCGGCGUCAAGCGCAUGAAGAGGCCAAGAAGAAGAAGCGCGGCGGUCGCAAGGGCAAGAGCAAGCGACAUAGCGAGACCAAGGACGAGGACAAGUCCAAGGCCAAGCCGUCUCCGGCCCCCGACGCCCCCAAAGAGAAGAAGGAGACCAAGACUGGGAAACGAAAGGCCCGAGAAGACUCCCACGACACUGAUGGCAAGGUAAGUUGUCCCUUUGGUAUCCCGCAUGGACUUUGUCCGGUUGCUAACCCUGAGUGGCAUGUGAAGACGACCAAGAUCCGCCGCGUAGCCGAGAACGAAGCCGCGCCUGUGCCUACAGUGUCCUACAUGCCUCCAGCAGACCUGGCCAAGGCGAUCGGAGAGCUACCCAACCAGCGAAUGGGACCAGCCAAGGCGUUGAACAAGUCUAUCACUCAUGUCUUGACCUCAAUACAGAAGCAAGGCAACCUCCAGCUCGAGGAGGGCAGCACGAUCGAGUCCAAGUCCGAGACGCUCGCUCUACAAAUCGAACGUGCCGUCUUUGACACGCACCCUGUGACCAAGGGACAGAAGGAGUACAGCCAGCAGGUCAAAACACUGGCCUUCAACCUCAAGAACAACCCGGAACUGUGCCAUGGACUUUUAGCUAGGACCCUUUCGCCUUCGGGCCUGGCGGUCAUGACAUCAGAGCAGCUUGCUUCGUCAGAGAUGCAGAAGCAGACUGCCGAGAUGAAGGCCAAGGCCGAAAAGCAGUCUAUUUUCUACACAUCCGAAACAGGACCUCGUGUACGACGAACACACAAGGGCGAAGAGGUUAUCGACGACGAGUCGUUUGUUACUGACGCCCCAGUGCCUCUCCCUGCAGGUCCGCGUCGCCCACCGGUCCAGACCGUUAAGAAAGAGCCUGUCGGGGGAGACAAGCCGGACCUCGCUUCCCACCCAGCACAACAUGACGAUAAGCAACGAUCACCGAGCCAUCCCGAUUUUGAUAUCACCAAGGUCUUCUCGAGUGUCAAGUCUCCGACUGCUUCUCAGAAUCGCCGUCCAUCAGCUCCCAUAGCCCCGGCUAAUGGCCCGGGUGUUGAUGCUGAUGUAGACCGGAUGCUCCAAGAGGAGAACGAAUCACCCCCGUACUCUCCUACUGAGGAGACUCAGGACCCCGACGUUAUCUGGCGGGGUGCGUUGGCUAUGAGCUCGAUCGCGGACUUCCCAGCAACGGCCAAGCACAUCGGCGGCGCUAACUUUGCCGCGGUUGGGCCAUGGUCGAAACUGAUUCCAAGACGAAUGACAGUGGCUGGCCGCAUCACGGAGCAGAGUGCCAUAGAGUAUCUCUGCAGUCUUCGCUACAGCAGCUUCACCGAUAUCAUCGUUGUUAGCAUUACACCCGUGUCUCCAGCUUCGCAUGCCGAGUUUAACGCUCUCAUCGACUACUUUGUGAGCAAGAAGCGGUAUGGUGUGGUCGGGGACAAGGUCGUAGGAAAUGUGCGAGACACGUAUCUUGUGCCAGUUCCCCCUGGAGAGGAUAAUUAUCCCGAGUUUAUGCUCAACCUUGUUGACAACAAGAUCCCAAAGACUCGCACUGAGCCGAUGUUGUUGGCGGUCUUUGUGUAUCGCAACGAUCCUGAACAGCUUAAGCAACUGAAGGAUAAUGCCUCGAAUCAACAAGAUGCGAGCGCCCAGGGGUCGCCAACGCCGGCGGGACACGCUCAACGAAGUAACUCGACGGCGUCAGCAGGUCCUGCCUUCUCACCAGCAACACCUCAGGCGCCUCAGGGAGCAUUCCCUCAGAGUUCGCCACCACCUCACCUGCAUUCGAUGACACCGGUACCCAUCCCACAGCCGCCUCAUACCCGACCAGUUGCGGCCCCAGCACCGACUGCACCUCCAGCCAGCCAGCCGCCGGCUCCGACGGAGAUGUCGGAGGCACAAAAGUACCAGGCCCAGCAGGCCGGUACUGCUAUGGCUCAAGAGAUCCUUGGACCCCUGAUUAGUGUUCCGACGGUUCAGUUCAUCCUCCCCCAAGCGUGGCAGAUGUCACGAAGGGAGUGGGAAGUGGUUCGGAAGAUCUUUGAGCGAGAUCCUCGCGCACGAGAAGAUCUUCAACAUCUUGGAACCCUCCUGGAGAGGGAGACGGCAAACGACAAGGCAGGAGCGCCUGCUGCUGCUUAA